CCCUGAAGAGAGGCUGACUCUGUGCUGACACAGAUUCAGGACCGUUCACAGCCUGUCACAUCCUGAGAGUACUCUGUCUCUCUGCCUCUCCGUCUGUCACACACACUCAGGCACUUCCUCCUGCCCCCAUGGCUGAGUUUGUGCGAGUUCGCAAGAAACACCUACAGGCUCCAAUCAAGAGGUUACGCAUCAUGAUGAAACAGCUGGACAAGAAAGAGGUGGACUUCGAAGACAUAAAGAAGAAUCUGGAAUACACGGCUUCUCUGCUAGAGGCAGUUUACAUUGACGAGAACAGGCAGAUCCUGGAUAUCGAAGAUGACUUGCAGCAGCUCAGAGCGGACACAGUCCACUCGGAGGUUCGCGACUGGCUGUCCUCCACCUUCACCCACAAGGCCCUUUCCCCUGGCAAGCGGUCCGACGAGAAGCGCACAUUCCGCAGCAUUGUUCAUGUUGUGCAGGCUGGCAUCUUCGUGGAGAGAAUGUUUAAGAAAGCCUACUCUGCUGCCAUUCCCAACCAGUCGUCUGCAGUGCUUCACUGCCUGAGGAACGUAGACCGGUGGAACUUCGACAUGUUUGCACUGAACUCGGCCAGCAGGGAGCGCUCUCUGAGGACCGUGGUCAUCGAGCUCCUCACCCGAUACGAGCUCAACAGCCACUUCAAGAUUCCAAUCGCGUUCCUGAUCUCCUUCCUCGAUGAUCUGGAGAGCGGAUACAACAAGCACCGGAACCCAUAUCACAGCCAGGUCCACGCGGCCGACAUCACUCAGACUGUCCACUGCCUUCUGCUGCGCACAGGCUUAGUGAACUGGCUGAGCGAGCUGGAGAUCCUUGCAGCGCUCUUUGCAGCUGCGAUCCACGACUUUGAGCACACUGGCACCACCAACCCCUUCCACGUGCAGACCAGGUCCGAUUAUGCGAUGAUCUAUAACGACCGCUCUGUGCUGGAAAGUCACCAUGUGAGCGCAGCGUUUCGGCUCAUGCAGGACGAUGAGAGGAACAUCUUCAUCAACCUCUCCCGGGAGGAAUGGAGGGAGCUGCGUAGUCUCGUCAUCGAGAUGGUUCUGGCAACGGACAUGUCGACCCACCUCAUGCAGGUCAAGUCCAUGAAGACCUGUCUGCAGCAGCUGGACAGGAUUGACAAACCCAAAGCUCUGUCCUUGCUGCUGCACACUGCAGAUAUCAGCCACCCCACCAAGCCCUGGGCUCUACACACUCGCUGGACCAAGGCCCUGAUGGAGGAGUUCUUCAGGCAGGUAAUCCCCUGGACCCAGCACCAAUCUCUCCCUGAGCAGAGUGCACAGCUAUGGCCAAAGGUUUUGCAUCACCCAACAAAAUGAACUAAUUUUGCUUUGUCA